CAAAAAGUAAAAAAUAUUAAAUUCACCACCAGUAAAUAAAACAUGAAAAUUAUUUAAAAUCACUUUAGGUGAUUAAAAAUUUGAAAUAAUCUAGGAUGAAUUUUAAAUUAAUUCUUAUAUAAAAUAAAAUAUAAAAAUAAAUCUAAUAUUUAUGAUAUUACUGAAAUAAGGAACAAAAGUGUCUAUACUCUCAAUAGUAAUGAAAUUUAUAAAGAGAUCAAAAUCAAGAGCAAGAAUGCUUGUGUUCUCUAUACUCGUAUUUUCUAUAAUCUGUACAUAUUCUUUUAGCAGCUCAAAUUAUAGAAUAGCUUGUCAUAUAAAGUUGAAGUAUGUAUCAGAAAUCCUUGUAAACUUCCAUUUAAUAAGCACUCAAGAUUUUUGUAACCUGACCAAUAAAUUCCAUUUUGUGCAGCAUUGAUCUUUAGUUGAUGUAUAAUUUGGAUACGCUAUGAACGAUCCUUAUCCAGAUUUUCCUUUGAAAACGAAUUAGAGUUAUUGUGAAUAAAUAUUGGUAAAUUCAACAACACCUGAUUAAAGUUUUGGCAGUAUUAUUAGACCACUGCAAAUAGAAAGCUGGCAGUUCUCCUUAUAGUGCCAUAAUUUAUUUAUGAUAAAGAUUACACAGCUUAAUUCUGCAUUGUGUUGCUUUUUUAACAGACCUAUAUACUUAUUGCUUUUCUUUUAAUCUUCCAUUCCAAAGUUUCACAAACUGUCUUUUGAUUUGGCUGAUAUUAAUGACUAAUUUCAAGGCUUAAAAUUUC